UAAAAGCGAAUCGUUGCGUGCGGUUGUUCCCACAAAAACAUUUUCAACUUGGAUUUCUGUGCUCUUCGCCUAUCGAGUUUUGUGUCGUUCGUUUCAAUCAAAAGCUAUCCAAAUAUGUCUGUGCUGCGCGCACUGAUGCUGCUGGUCUUUGGUGCCACCGUGGCGCUGGCUCAACGUCGCCUGGCUCUUCCCGAUCCGAGGAGUUGCGCCAACCGGGUGCGCCAUGCCAGCUACCGGGAUGCCAGGGGCGUGUCCCACUCGUACUUCUUCAGCUGGGAGCAUGCACCCACCCGCAGCUUGGAGGUGGAUUGGCUGGAUGCGAGGAACAUCUGUCGCAGGCACUGCAUGGAUGCCGUUUCCCUGGAGACGCCGCAAGAGAAUGACUUUGUGAAGCAGCGGAUUGCCCGGGGCAAUGUGCGUUACAUCUGGACAUCGGGCAGGAAGUGUAACUUUGCCGGCUGCGACAGGCCCGAUCUGCAGCCACCGAAUGAGAACGGUUGGUUCUGGUCGGGAUCGGGCGCCAAGAUUGGACCCACUUCGCAGCGGAACACCGGCGAUUGGUCGGCAACGGGCGGUUACCAACAGCCGCAGCCCGAUAACCGGGAGGCAGCGCAGGGCAACGACGAGAGCUGCCUGUCCAUUCUGAACAACUUCUACAACGAUGGCAUCAAGUGGCACGACGUGGCCUGCCAUCACAUCAAGCCAUUCGUGUGCGAGGACUCCGACGAGCUGCUGAACUUCGUCCGCUCCCGGAAUCCCAAUGUUCGCUUGUAAUUCUAGAUAGCCUAAGCCUGAGGGAGAUGAUUAAAAUUUACAUAUUUAUGUAGCCUUAAACGGAACAUUGAUUGGUUGAUUGAUUGAUUGAUUGAUUGUUUGAUUCAAAUGCAUUGACUGUUCAAUCCAAUAUUGAUGGCUUCCAAAACGCGUAACAUUCGUUUGUUCGGUUUAGUUCGCAGCAAAAGUUCUAUAAGCAAAAUUUGUAAUAACAUUUCUGUGUCGAUCCGCGCAUCAUAAACAAAAUUGUUAAAUAAUUUUAAAAAAAAUUGUUAAUAAAUACAAAUUGAACCCAUAAAUGAAAGACUUUCGAUUUAACAUGUAAUGCGUAUAUUUGUAAUUAGUUCAUUAUACGAUUUCACUAGAAAAUGCAUGUAUGUAAAUAUAUAUCCGUAGAUCUGUUAAAUAGGUUUUUCCAUUAUCUGAAUACUUUGGUAAGUUCUGUUGCUUGCGGGAACUUAUUUCACUAGUUUAACUAACACUAACAUUAAUUUCAUUUACGUUUAGGAAUAAUUCAAUUAUCAAACGAUUCCUUAGCCAUUUCGAGUUUUGAAGAAGACACAAAGUUAGCAGAUUUCAUCUAAUAAAGUAACUGGUACAGGUUGCGUUAAGUGCAUCAUUAGCCGAUGGCGUAAUAAAAUCAAAUCAAAGACUCGAAUUCAAAUAAUAAUAAUAAUAUACAAGUUUAAAACUAUAUUCGGGCUGCACGUGAUAUCAUGCAUGCUAUGCUAAAAUAUACAAAUAUUUGAUGUAAUUGUAAGUAUCGAAUCGUCCAACAUAAAAAUCUAACAACAAUAAAUUGGGAAUUUAAAAAAUAGUCGCUUAAGUAUAGUCAAAUUAACAUGUAAUAUCGGUUAACUGGAACUUAUGGAACUGGUCGUUUAGCACACAUAAUAUAUUAUUCGGUUUUCGGUUAUGAAUGGUGUGUGGAGUUCUGUGUGUUUAUGUGGGAACUGUGGUGUUGGGUGCUGUUGCUGGUACUUUGAUCAACAAAAUACGGUCCUAAAAAAGGGAGAAUUACAAAUUCGUUAAUACAAAAUGGAAAAGCUAGGGAUAGGAUCACGGAACAUUUAGUUAGAUUAGCCGAAUUUUGUCAGAAAGCGCUUACGGUUAGUUUCGGUUCGGAUUAAAAGCCACCAAAUUUUGGAUUGUUAUUAUGUUUUUUUGUGGUGUUAGUCACAUGCGGAUUCCCUCAGCCGAGGCGCAAACCAUUAAGCCCAAAAUCGAGCUUUACCUGCCGCAAGACAAUUUGAAAAUCAACGACAACUUCAAACAAAGGAACACCAAAAGAGUCUAUGUUACGACUACAUGGUUACGUGUGGUUACGCUAACGCAUUACAAUCUCUACGCCCACGUAUCGAGCUCGUGUUAUUUGAAUACUUCAACAUUCGGUUUGGUUUGGUUUCUGGUUAGCCGUGCGUGUGGGUAACUGACUGAGUUUCAGAAUUUUGAUAUUUGAUAUCUUAUUAUGAUUUUUGUUGGACUUAAGCAGUACUUGAGUUAUGGGAGGCGCCACUGAUCGCAUUGAACAAAGCCAUGCUAUUGCGCUGGUUUAUGCUGUCGGCAUCGUCGCCGAGCGGCUGGAAGGACUCGUCGUCCAGCAACUCACUGAGCGCCUGGCACAGCUUCUCGUAGUUCUCCUUCAGCACAUGAUGGUACUCCUUCUGGUCGGCGCUGAUGAUCCGCUCGUUGAGGAACAGGGCCUUCUGGCACACCACAAUGAAGUCGC